GAAGGUGACUCCUUUGGAGAACUGUCCGAUAUUAAAGACGUACGCUACGUAGAGUAUCUAGCCGCGCCGGAGGGGCUCGACACCCUCGGCAUCUUGCAAGACAGCAUUACAGGUCAAAAAAGAUACUCUACUACUCACUGGCGCCGUGACCGCCCCGGCUAAGCGAUCGCGUUUAGUAUCUCCGAUCAAGCCUGGCAAUGAACCCAUGCCACCAAAUCGAGUGCAUCGCCGCGUCGUCCUUCGUGAUUUUGGGAGACCCAUUUACGAGCCAAGGUCCUCGGCCGCCUUACCUACUACGAUCGAAGCGUGUAUUAAGGGCCGUGAAUCGCUAUAUAAGAUCAGCUUCCGAGAGAGAAAGCAUCACCCGGGAGAUCUAUCUCAACGGCAAUGCAUCGCGCAGUCCCGCCGCUGUGCUCGCAGCGCCCUUCCAACCGCGGGUCCGUCUCUAUCUAGCACAUUCACUUACCCCAUCUCGGGAUCACCUAUAUUACCUAAGGCCACACGCCAAGUUAUGCCUGGCAAUGCGGACCUUUCUGGGGUAACACAACUUGCAACCACUCGGACGUCUGAUGCUUCGGGUACUGUAUAGAAGCAAGGAGCAUGUAAUAUUAGUGUCACUUCGAGGUAGUACGGCGAGAGAAUGGCCAUAUUCACGCAUU